AUGGCCGGAGGACCAUCCGCGCCUUUCUCAAGGCGAGGACCAGUUACGAUUCUGAACAUCCUCAACCAGAAUGGCAUUGUUUCUGCGCCGCUGUGGGACUCGAAAUCUUCCACCUUUGCUGGCCUGCUCACCACUUCCGACUACAUCAAUGUCAUUCAAUACUACUGGCAGAACCCUGAUGCCCUGGCCCGCGUUGACCAAUUCCGCCUAAACAGCCUGAGAGAUAUUGAAAAGGCGCUCGGCGUCAAGCCCAUAGAAACAAUCUCCAUCCACCCCGACAAGCCCGUCUACGAAGCAUGUCGCCGCAUGCUCGAGUCGCGCGCCAGGCGCAUACCCAUUGUCGACAGCGAUGACGAAACACAUCGUACCAUGGUCGUCAGCGUCAUCACGCAAUAUCGCAUUCUCAAGUUCAUCGCGGUCAAUGUCAAGGAGACGCAGAAGCUUAGGAAACCUUUGCGGGAGCUCAAUGUAGGCACGUAUACGGACCUGGCGACGGCGUCCAUGGAUACACCGGUCAUGGACGUCAUUCAUAUGCUAGUCAAGAAGAGUAUUUCCAGCGUGCCUAUUCUGGAUAAAACGGGUACUGUGCUCAACGUCUUCGAAGCCGUCGACGUCAUUGCGCUCAUCAAAGGUGGUGUUUACGACGACUUGAACCUCACAGUCGGAGAUGCAUUGCUCAAGCGAUCAGAUGACUUCCCAGGCAUCUUCACCUGCACAUUAAGUGACAACAUGUCCACCAUCUACGACACCAUUCGCCGCUCCCGCGUCCACCGCUUCGUCGUCAUCGAUGAGCAAAAUAAACUGGUAGGUGUUGUCACGCUCAGCGAUGUGCUCGAGCAUACUUUGCUGGAGGGCAUGGAGGACGAAUAA